AUGGCAGGGAAGUCUGACGACCCCACCGCACAGCACGACCAACCCGAAGCUCCAGAGGUGUGCUACUCUGGUGUGCGCACCGGUUUUACACUACUGCCAUCGCAGCAGAAAACGACCAUGACCUCCGCGCUGCACUUUGUGUUUCCUCUCGGCUUCAAAUCUUCGGAAAGUUCCUCCAAAAACGGAACAGAGACAACGGCCGAGUUUAUGCAGAGGCUCAGGAGAGUGACGGGGCUGAAGAAGGAAGAUGUUUUCUGCAACCUCCGUGUUCCAGAGAAAGAGAAAGAAUUCUCCACAGAUGACAUCAGUGCAGUUGUGCUCACAGGCCGCGGCGUCUUCUGCAUCGAUGUAAAAACCUGGAGAGGAAAAGUCUGUGUCCAAAACUCAAACUGGCAAAUUCACCAGAAGGAGAAGGAGGCCAGCUUCAGCACCAGAGUGGAGCAGACGGAGGACGCACUCAGACCCGUCAAGAGGAAAUCCCAGUCCCUCUGCUCUCACCUGAAGCAGAGUGGUGUGCGUGUGCGUGAUCAGCUCUUCAUUCCUCGCCUCCUCUUCCUCAGUCCUGACCUGGAGCUGGACCAGACUCUGCGGGACCGGCCCGAGAUUGUAUCCCAGGCCCAGAUCCAGGACUUCCUCUGCUCCUUCAGGGAGGGCUACGUGAGCUGGAUCACAGACGCCCUGACGCCUGCCUGGAUCUCAGGCCACCUCUCCUACUCUACCCUGGACGGUGUGCGCUCUCUCCUCUCUCGUGCUGGGACCUGGGACAUUCUGAAGCUGCAGAGCGGAGAGACUCUGAGGGGAGACUUCCAGCUCUGUCCCUUCAUCGCCCUGGACCGCAGCCAGACCCAGAGCCUGGAGUUCAGCCGCAGGUCUCUGUGGCGGCUGCUGGGACACACGCCGCAGGUGACAGUGCAGAUGUGUCAGCGUGGUCCUGGGGGUUGGCGUGGUCAGACCCUCAGCGCCUCGGUCUCGUUCCCUGCCUCCUGCUGUGUGCUCUUCAGAGUCUGUGGAGCAGAGCAGGACUCCAGGAUCCCGGCCUCAGACGUGAGCAGCAUCUCUCUGAGCAUCUGA